AUGUAUGAAACAGGAAGAGUAGCCACCGGGGGAAAGAGGCAGAGAGAGGAACGCCGACGCGUUCCGCUAUUCUGGGUGUCAGUUCCAUCAUGCGUUAUCAUGGUCUCGCUUCGGUGCGACUUCUUGAACAUUCCAGUAGGGGGCUGUGACAGCGACUUGGCUUUACGGGAUUGUUGUUCUGCAGCGCUUCUGGGUUCAUUUAUUCCUUCAGCUUUCGCACUUGGGGCCAUUCGAGGAAAUCGGCGAAGGGUUUCUGGCACCUCAGUCUCAUUUAAGUGUGGUUUUCUCCCCCCCCCCCCCAAUUUCCUUGCCGAGUGCCCAUCGCAGGUGCCCUGUCAACCCAGCAUUCCCGAGAAGGUACUUGGGAAACACCGAAUAAGUGCGGCUCCCCGCCCCUCUUUUCUUUCGUUGCUUCGGUGUGGCCCCAGUGUUUUCUGUCGCCCAAAACCACAUUCACCAUGUCUGCCCACGUUACUGCGAAAGCAGGGCCCUUAA